UUAGGAAUGUCGUAGAGAGAUGAAACAAAAACCUCUGUGUAGGUCUGACUUAGACCUACAUUUCCAAUAAAAAACGUCUAUACCCAAAAUCAACAGAAAUUUUGCAAAAACUCAUUCAAAGCAAAAUUUUCGUAAAAAAUGCUAUUUUUGGCUCUUUCAGCUGUAAUUUGACCCCCUUAAAAUGCUUCAAAACUCACCAAACUUGGCACACACAUCAGGACUGGCAGGAAUUGUGAUCUAGUGAAAAAAACAAACCUUAAAACUCAAAAUUGCACUCUAUUGCAAUUUUUGAAUAAAACACAGAAAAAACUGCUCCUAGGAAGAGGAAACAGAUCUAACUGCUUGUAACUUCUGGUAGGAAUGUCAGACAGACAUGAAACAAAAACCUCAAUGUAGGUCUCACUUAGACCUACAUUUUGAUGAUUGGCAUCUUUCAGUUGAAAUCAACAGGAAAUUGGCAAUCACCCCUUCAAAAUAAAAGUUUUGUAAAAGGCCGUCACCUUUUUCCAGAAAAAACUGCUUGUAACUUCUGUUAGGAAUGUCGUGGAGACAUGAAACAAAGACCUCUAUGUAGGUCUGACUAAGAUCGGGACUCGGGACACGGCGGCGGCGGCCAACGGCGGACCCGACCAACGCUGCUUGCAGCUUUAAUUAUUAUUAUUACUAUAAGCGGUAGAAUAUGGAUGGAUGGAUAGAUGGAUUAUUAUUAUUAAAAUUAUUGUGUACAAGUAUUCACACAUGAGAUUCGACAAAUAAUAUUUCUUCUUUUUCUUCUUCUUCUUCUUCUUCUUCUUCUUCUUUUUCUUCUUCUUCUUCUUCUUCUUCUUCUUUUUAUUAUUAUUGUUAUUAUUAUUGUUGUGUAAAAGUCCAAGUAUUCACACAUAAGAUUCUACACCAAACAAUCAUAUAUGUAUUGUUAUUUGUGAGAGUACUAUGGAGAAGGAGACGGCACUGAGACAGGGGCGUCGAUAGUUAGAGAAGUGUUUAUUAAACACAAGGAAGUAAAGAGUGUGUAACUAAACCAAAGAAGUACGGUGUGACUAUGUGUUGUGUCUAACUGAGUAUUACCGGGAGUUUUUGAAGGUGUGUGUUGAGUGAGAGGCUGAAGUCCAGAAAGGGCAAGGCAAGCUCGGAGGUCCGUGGUCAGGCGUGAGGUCAAGAUCCAGGAAGGCAGCAAAAAGACCAGAGGGAAUCCGGGGAGACAAGACUCACAGCUUGAAUCCAUGGAAUGAAGAGGGACUGCAGGAACACGACAAACGACAACACACGAUGAGCACAGAGGAAACCUGUUGCCUGGAGACCAGAUCUUGGAAGUCAAUGGGGAAAGUCUAAUCGGUGUCACAAGUGAAAGAGCUGUGGACGUCUUGAGAGCCGCUUCAGCGACCAAUCGCAUGCGCCUUCUGGUAGCCAGGGAUGAGGAAGCAAAGAAAGAAUUUGCUGAACUGCUGGACAAGUAUGGCUCCAAUGGUAGCACAGGAUCCACUCGCAACUCUCCCAUUCAGCAAGGAAGUCGCUGCCUGGAAAGUACUUCGUCUGGGUCCUCAUCUCGCUCCCAGAGUCCAUUGCUGCUGAGCCCAGCUGGCUGCCAGAACACGUCCAACAGCAGCGGGUCCAUGCUGCGCUCCCUCAGUCACCCUGGUGAAGGAGUCAUUCAGCUCAUUUCUGUGACUGGAUCCAAGAAUUUGGGCAUCACCCUGGGAGGUGGCUCUAACCGCCCUGAUGGCCCCGCAGUCUUCAUUCAGGAGGUUCUGUCAGGGGGAGACUGUCACCGGGAUGGACGUUUAAGGCCUGGAGAUCAGCUGAUUGCUAUAAGCAAAGAGUCUCUGAUAGGUGUCACCCACGAGGAGGCCAGAAGUAUGCUGAACAAAGCCAAAUCCAGUCAGGAAAACACGGUGGAGAUUGCUUUCAUACCUGGUAAAGGACUUUUCCCAAGCAGCACGUCUCUCCACAAUGGUGUCCAGCGAGCAGCCAGCAACAACUGCAACUCUGGACGCCUAAAAGUCCACAUACGAUCGCCUGAGAUCUGUGCAGAGGAGCCGUCCUCCGUGGCUUCCUCUUCUCCUGACGUCUGUCCACCGGAUGACCAUGUUUCAGGUUGGCUCCAGCAGAGAUCUAAAGCCAAGAUCACGCUGGACCCCGACAUCCGUCUCAAGUCAGACAGGUUACAUCUGGCUCUCUCCUUCCUUGGUUUGGAUGUCACUGAUGAGAAAAAGAAGAAGUUGCAACAGAGUCUGACCACGGACCCACAAGGCACCGUGGCCUAUGGCGACUUUGUGGCCGCCACACGAAACAUUUUCCAGGAUAACCUGGAGGAACUCAGUUUAGGAGACGCACCCUUCAUGUUUUCCUGUCACCAAGCCGCCAGUCUGAUGGACACAUCAGCCUUUCACUCCCCGACGUACGAGUCGCAGUGCAGCUACAGUGGUGAGGAGAUGGAGCACUUCCAGACAGAAGUGAAGGAGCUGCAGACGCAAAUGAAGCAGCUCAAGGUGGUGCUUAAGGACAUGGAAACCCGUAAGAAGACCCUUGAGGAUGAGCUCCAGAAGACUUCUGAGAAAGCGUGCGUGACUGUGGAGGAAAACGUCCGUCUAAAGAGUCGUCUGCAGGCAGCCCAAACGGAAGCGGGACAGCGUCAGGCUAGCACCGUCGAGCAGGACUAUGAAGAAGUCAUCCAGCUUCUGGAGACUGAGAUUCAAGACCUGAAGAACCAAGUGGCGGGCAGAAGGCAAACACUAGAAGUGGAUGCCACACAGGAAGUGGUUGAAGAACUGCACAGGAAGUUGACUGCUGUCCACGUCCAGCUCAAGAAGUCGGAGCUGAACAGGAAGCAUCUGGAGAUGUCCAACAAGAAACUGCUGGACUUUGCACAGAACGUCCGCAAGGUGCUAACAACAACGAGUUUGUUAGCAGGCCAACUUGGGAGUAGUGGAUCAUCUCCAGCUGCAAACACUCCUCCAGCUUUUCCUGACCCCGCCUUGCAGCUGGCUGUGGAGGCCCAAGUGUUGCUGCAGGACAUCAGCACUGCUAAUGAUGAUGAAGAAGACUUGGACCUCAUGUGAAGCAAAGAUGUGAUGGAGGACCAAACAGGAAGAAGUGAACUAUAUUCAGAGUCAGAACUUCACCAUUCAGACGUCAUCCCAAGUGAACUAUGUUUCGAGUCAGAACUUCACCAUUCAUCCCAAGUGAACUAUAUUCAUGGUCACAACUUCACCAUUCAGACUUCAUCCCAAGUGAACUAUGUUCAGAGUCAGAUCUUCACUAUUCGGACUUAAUUCCAAGUGAUCUAUUUUCAGAGACAGAACGUCACCAUUCAGACUUCAUCCCAUGUGAACUAUGUUCAAAGUCAAAACUUCCCCAUUCAUCCCAAGUGAACUAUAAUCAGAGUCAGAACUUCACAAUUAAGACUUCAACCCAGUCAAUUUAAAUUGUUGGUUCAGAUCCAUUCAAACCUGUUGAUAUAAAUGGUAUUUUAUAAAUAAUACAGAGUCACAUCAGUGCCCCCCGACUGAGAAUAACCAACAUAGGUUGAUGCGUGAAUAAUUUUCAUGACGUACAUGCCCCUCCUCCCCCCAAGAAUUAUGUUAGCUCAACAGUUCCAGCUGUAAUAACACUACCCUUCUGUUUGAAGCUUGAAGUGACAGUUAGCUAACAUGCUAACAACUUGUCUUGUAAGCGUGAGGAAGACCCCCAAAAGAGGGCGUGUCCAAAGUGCAGACCACAAAGUAACUGUUUUUUAUCUGGGUUUUAAACUGUUUUCUAUCUGGUUUUAAAACUGUUUUUAAUUCAUACAUUUUGUUGCACUACACUAAAGUCACGACAAGGUGGUGCAGUUUUAACUAAAUCAUACACUUUGUUGCACUGCACUAAAAUCACCACAAUGUCGGGCAGUUUUACUAAAUCAUACUUUGUUACACUACACUAAAAACACCACAAGGUGGUGCGGUUUUUACUAAAUCAUAGACUUUGUUACACUACACUAAAAACACAAGGUGGUGCGGUUUUUACUAAAUCAUACACUUUGUUAAACUACACUAAAAUCACCACAAGGUGGUACGGUUUUUACUAAAUCAUACACUUUGUUACACUACACUAAAAUCACCACAAGGUGGUACGGUUUUUACUAAAUCAUACACUGUUACACUACACUAAAAUCACCACAAGGAGGUGCGGUUUUUACUAAAUCAUACACUUUGUUACACUACACUAAAAUCACCACAAGGUGGUGCAGUUUCGGUAAAUCAUACACUUUGUUGCACUGCAAUAAAAUCACCACAAUGUUGUGCAGUUUUACUAAAUCAUACUUUGUUACACUACACUAAAAACACCACAAGGUGGUGCGGUUUUCACUAAAUUAUACACUUUCUUACACCGCACUAAAUGCACUACAAGGUGGUGCAGUUUUACUAAAUCAUACACUUUGUUACACCGAACUAAAAACACCACAAUGUGGUGCAGUUUUAUUAAAUUAUACACUUUGUUGCACCGCACUAAAAGCACCACAAGGUGGUGCAGUUUUAACUAAAUCAUACAUUUUGUUGCACCACAAUGUCGUGCAGUUUUACUAAAUCAUACACUUUCAUGCACUACACUAGCAAAAGGUAAUGAUCGGACAUUACUUUAGUAUACGAGAGUAUCCUAACUUUGGAGGUGGUGACAGUCCUGACAAGCACUAGAUCUAUCUUAUUACCGUUGCAAUGUGUGGGUUCAUUUAUUAUUUGUGUAAAAUCACAGCUAUCAAAUAUAGUCUGGAGCGCCACACACGGAGAGUCUGUUGGGGUAUUCAUAUGGAUAUUAAAGUCCCCCGUUAUAAUUAUAUUGUCGGCGUGCGUCACUCGGUCAGCGACGAACUCUGAGAAUUCACUGAUGAAAGUCCGAAUAGGGUCCUGUGGGGGCGGUAGAUAGACAGAUAGGGGUAGGGUUAAGGUUUUCAUUGUAUAUUAGUGCGACAUCCCCCCCUCCACCCCCCUUUUCAGGGGACGGGCAAUUUGCUCAUUCGUAUAGUUAUGAGGAGAUGCCUCAUGUAGCGCAAAAAAUUUGUCUGACCAAUGACAUGACGAUUGUUGUCUCUAAUGACCUUAUUAGCUAAUAACGUUUUGGGAGACAAUGAUCUUAUGUUUAAAAAGACGAUAUUAUAGGUAGUGGGCUGUUUUCAGCAAUUUUUGGUUAAAGUCAUCCGUAGAAGUAAUAUUAAUAAUGUUGCGUUUAUUUUGCGUAGUACACUUUAAAUAAUUCCAACCAUAUCUAGGAAUUGAUAUGACAAGAAUCUUCAGAUUGUUUACUCUGUGCUGCGAUACACUGAACGCGUCAUAAUUUGCCACCUCUGGCAGAGCCACUGCAGAAAAAAACAUGAUGUGAGUUGUGUAUUAUUAGAGGAGAAAUGCUAUGUGUGCAGGGAUUUUCCAGCUUGGCGCUGGCUAGUUCUAGCCUAACUGACUCCUCACUCGGACUAACAGACUCUUUAAUUGCUUGUGACCGGGCUUGCUUUAGUGUAGUUAGUCAAGUGUGACUCAAACAAUAAUCUAGACAGGCUGAUGGUGCCUAAAUGGUUAGGGUGAAGGCCGUCCCUCAUCAACAAGCCAGGUUUGCCCCAGAAAGAGGGCCAAUUAUCAAUAAAAGUUAGCCCCUGUUGUCUCCAAAAACUAUCCAGCCACUUAAGUGAGACUAAUCUGCUAUACCUCUCAUUGCCUCUCACAGGCAGGGGGCCAGAGACAAGUACUCGAUGUCUGGACAUCAUUCUAGCGAGAUCACAAGCUAUGUUUCUCUUUGUAAUCUCUGACUGUCUCAUUCAUGUGUCAUUGGAGCCAACGUGUACAACUAUGUUUGCGUAACUAGUAGUGCAAUUAGCCUGUCGUACGUGUUUACUAGGCCGGUUGCGAGUUAGCUCCUUAAGAUUAGCUUCAAUGUCUGAUGCUCUGGCCCCGGGAAUACACUUAAUUGUGGCUAGUUUGCUAAGCUUUAUGUUUUGGGUGAUGGAGUCCCCCUAUGACUAAAGUGUGGUGCCCGGCAGACUGGGGUGUAGGACUAGCUAAAGGGCUAAAUCUAUUAUGCGUCUCAACCGGUUCAGCGAGCAAUCACUCACGGCAAAUCAGAACCGGAACUAAAUUAUACACUUUGUUGCAUUGCAUUAAAAGCACCACAAGGUGGUGCAGUUUUAACUAAAUCAUACACUUUGUUGUCCCGCACUAAAAUCACCACAAUAUAGUGCAAUUUUAACUAAAUCAUACUGCUGCACCGCACUAAAAGCACCACAAGGGGGUGCAGAUUUAAGUGAAAAAGUGCAGUAGAAGUUACAUGUUCACACAUACAAGAAAAGAAAACCUACUCCAUAAAGUGGUUUAGUUGUCAGUGUACAUCAACACUAAAAGAUGGCUGCACUUUGGACGCUCACCUUCACCUGAAGUCAUAAAUCAUGGAAUUUUUGACUCCCAAGUCCUAAGAGUGAUGUCAUUACAAGUUCUGACUUCAUGUCUGUGUGAAGUCCUCGGAGUUAGUCACGGUUAUUGAAGUGACCAUUGUGUUAUAAGUCAUGUGUUCAUAAUGGUUAUUGAAGCACAUCCUUCUCUUCACUGAAGGUGACAACAUGAAGACAACAUUGUGUUAUAAGUCAUAGGUUCAUAAAAAGGCAACAUUCCUCUUCUCUUACGUGUCUUGUUCACAGGAUUGAUGUCACCUCAGUGAUAUAAUCUUCAUCUUCCUGCUCUUCAAUCUCUAUCUGCUCUGGACUCCUUGCUUCUCCAGCGCUUCUUCAAUAAAGAACUUAUUGCAAACAUGAUCUUUGUUUCCUUUGGAAAUAAAUGUCAAAACUCUUGAUCAAAAUGAAGUGAAAUCUUUAUUAAAUGUUGAUGUAGUAAUAAAUAGCAUCCACCGAUCCGUGUGAUAUCAUUUCAGCAACACCACUGUAUCACUUUAAGAGAGGUCUGUUUGUAAAAUGAAUGUUUGCUGUAUCAUUUAUGUGCCGAUACAACCUUUUUACUUCUGAUACACCGAACUUGCAGCCUUGAGUAUCGGGUAUUGUACAAGUGAUAUCAACACAAGAAGAAACCAUGAUUUGCACUUUU